AUGCUGCCAUUGGUUGCCCUAUCAGCCACACCCAUUGCAUACAAUACCCGCAAAUCUGCAUCGCCAGCCACCAGAGGCUCUCUGAAUACAGCGAGACAUCAAAGCAGUGUACCUUCGUUUUCGACCAGAUUUUAUCGGGAUCCUACCAUCUAUGCCUUGUCCACUGCUCCAGGCCGAGCUGCAAUUGCCAUCAUUCGCAUCUCUGGUCCAGCAUGCAAUCAUAUUUACCAAGCCCUUUGUCCCGGACAGAAGCCAUUGAAGCCUCGUUAUGCUUCCGUACGAACCCUGUACCGUCCUGGAGCCAAAGUCUCGCCCGAAAAUCUUCUGGACUCAAGUGCUCUGCUUCUCUACUUUCCUGCUCCAAACACAGUCACUGGAGAGGACCUUCUUGAGCUGCAUGUACACGGAGGCACAGCUGUGGUGAGGGCUGUUCUCUCUGCUAUCUCGCAAUGUUCGUCUGUUGUUGGUGCUAUCCGCUAUGCAGAGGCUGGCGAGUUCACCCGAAGAGCUUUCAUGAAUGAUCGUUUAGACUUGACACAGGUCGAAGCUCUGGGGGACACCCUCUCUGCAAACACCGAGCAACAGCGUCGUUUAUCGGUUCGUGGUACCACAAACACUCUUUCUCUCCGCUACGAAUCAUGGCGCCAGAUGCUUCUAGCAGCCAGAGGUGAACUCGAAGCCUUGAUCGACUUUUCUGAAGAUCAACACUUCGAUGAGUCGCCAGCCGAAUUAGCUUCUUCCGUCGCUGGACAAGUCCAAGAUCUGGUCCUGUUGAUUGACACGCAUCGUCGUAAUGCAAUGCGUGGAGAGUUGCUCAGAAACGGUAUCGCUAUCAGUUUACUAGGCGCGCCCAAUGCUGGCAAAAGCAGUCUUCUGAAUCGCAUCGUGGGCCGCGAAGCUGCCAUUGUCAGUCAAGAAGCAGGCACUACCCGCGAUGUGGUUGAAGUAGGGAUUGACUUGGGCGGCUAUCUCUGCCGCUUAGGCGACACUGCUGGCUUACGAAGUGCCGUGCUUGCGACUGCUCAGGUUCAGAAAGAGCACAUGCAAGAGAAGAUCAGCAUGAUCGAAGAAGAAGGUAUGAGACGUGCCAAGCAGCGAGCCAUCGAGAGCGACGUCGUAAUCGUUGUCUUAUCGCUAGAAUUAGAGGGCAAGAAAGUGGCCCUUAGACCAGACCCUGAGGUCAUCGACACUGCUGCCGAGCUUGCAGAACAGAAGUCGAACGUGUUAGUCGUACUGAACAAGAUUGACCUGCUCUCUGGCCACGCAUCCGAGUUGGAAAAUUUCAGACGACAAGUCGCCGAUGCGCUUCCACAUGUCAGACUCGAGAACAUCUUCGCUAUUUCCUGCAAAGGUGCAGAGUCGUCAGUCUCAGUCGAUUUUGGGCACGUUCCGACUUUCCUCUUAGGUCUUAUUCGACAGUUCGAAGACAUGACUUCUGCAGUUGCAGCUACGGAUGACGACACGGAUCCUUCCGUCUGGCAAGAGUCUUUAGGCGCGACUGAGCGCCACAGGCUUCUCCUCGAAGAAUGCCAAUUUCACCUCGAACAGUUCCUCGUCCAAGUAGAGGCUGGCGUUCAGACUAGCGAAAGCUCUGGCCUCGAAGAGAUGGAUGUUGACAUUGUCCUAGCCGCAGAGAAUCUACGUGAUGCUGCAAAUUGCCUUGCUAGGAUCACUGGCAAAGGUGAAGCUGGGGAUGUCGAAGAAGUACUCGGAGUUGUGUUUGAGAAAUUUUGCGUUGGAAAAUAA